UUUGUUCAGCUCGGGCAUUUAUUGCGCGUGCCCGAAGAAACCCUCGAGUUCUAGCUUCACAGCCCUCUUCUGGUUUCGAGGGUUGGCUGCUUUCUCUUCUCGCCCCUCUUCUCGAAACCCUAGAGGGAGAGGAGGAUGUCGGGCGGCUUCUUCCGGGGCACCUCGGCGGAGCAGGACACCCGGUUCUCCAACAAGCAGGCGAAGCUACUCAAGUCCCAGAAGUUCCCCCUGGAGCUCGAGCACCCGGUGGAUAUGACGAAGGUGAAGAUGGAUGUUAUCAAGCCUUGGAUUGCAACUAGGGUCACAGAGCUGCUUGGAUUUGAGGACGAAGUUCUCAUUAACUUUGUUUAUGGACUUCUGGAUGGCAAGGGAGUGGAUGGGAAACAGAUUCAGAUACAGCUUACAGGAUUUCUAGAGAAGAACACUGGGAAGUUCAUGAAAGAGCUUUGGGGACUUCUCCUCAGUGCUCAAGAUAACGCAAGUGGUGUUCCCCAGCAGUUCUUGGAUGCAAAACAAGAAGAAAUGAGAAAACGAAAGGUUGAGAGUGAUAUGAUAACUCAGGAAAUUCAGAAGAGAAAGGAAAGGGAAGGUAGAGAAUUUGAGCAAGAGAAGCAGAAGAGGCUGGACGUGGAAGCUGGUAAUUCAAGAUCCGCGAAUGCAAUUUCUGGCUCAAGUUCAAGACAUUCACAGUCGAAAGAUUCAAGACUUCAAUUAGAGGAGAGGGGUACAGAGAUUGAGAAAAGUCCAGUGGUAAAAAGACGGGAAGGGAGGUCAAGGAGUGCAUCUGUUUCUUCCCAAUCACGUAGCCGUUCUCCUAGUAAGCAGUAUCAUUCUCCACCUAGGAAUUCUAUUUCAUUGGAAAGGCGGUAUAAAUCUCCAGCAAGAAGAUCUAUUUCUCCUCGCCAUAGAUAUUCACCAAGGAAUAAUCGGUCACCUCCGAGACACAUAUCUCAUUAUGCUAGACAAAGAUCGCCUUCAACACCAAGGCAUGGAUCACCUUUGUCUGGACGUAAAUAUCUGUAUGGACGACGUUCUCCAUUAUCACUGCGCCAUAGGUCUCCUCCCUCACGUCGUAGAUCCCCCAUUCAAAAUCGCAGAAGAUCACCUUCUCCUAGACGCCGCUGGGACUCACCUUCUCCUAGACUUCGCAGAGAUUCACCUUCACCUGAACGUUGUAGGCGAUCACCUUCUCCCGGAUAUAGAAGGAGAUCACCUUCUCCCAUACGCCGCAAGAGGUCACCUUUACCAGCACGUAGGGGAUCACCUUCUCUGGCACAUCGAAGGAGAACAUCUCCCCCACGUCGCAGAAUAUCACCAUCUCCUUCACACCAUAGAAGAUCUCCUCCUUCGCGCCAUAGAAGGUCACCUUCUCCUUCACGCCAGAGAAGAUCACCUUCUCCAGUACGUCACAUGUCUCCUGUCAGACGUAGGUCUUCUCCCCCUCAGCAAUAUAGAUCCUUGUCUCCAAAGAGAUUAUCUUCAGAUCCUUCUCGUCAAGGACAAGGAAGAUCGCCUAGGGGUUAUGGUGCCAAUGCUCAACUGUCUCAACCUUCAAGGAAAAGCCACAGUCCUAAUAGGAAUCAUAGAGGUUCAAUUAGGGAAAUUGAUAGCAGAACCAAUGGCUUCGAUACUAGAAGGCUUGAGGAUGACUAUGCAUCUAAGAGGGCUGGGGAGGGACGAUCAUCAUCUCAUACUGCUUCACACAAAGUGUUGGACGAACAUACUGGCUCAAAGCGGAAUAUUCCAGACCGCAUUCUGCGCAAAUUGCCAGGUUCUUCUAAGUCGCCCAGUCAAGAUUCUAGAGAUCAAAUUGACAUCGAUGAUGAUGAUGAUCAUCGCAUGUUGCCUGAAAAUUCUUCAAGGCGGUCAGUCUCACCUAGUAAUUCAAGGAGAACAAACCUAAGAAGCAAUAGGUUGUCUGAAGAUGCUACCACCAAACAAUUUGACAAACGAAUGCCUCAUGAUAGCAUGGGAAUAAAUAAUGACAAGGAAAAAGCUGAUGUUAUCCGUGAGGAUGCGUAUCAUGACAUCAAUUCAACAUCUAAGAAAGGCAUCCAAAGUCAUCCAUCAAAUGUGAAAUCAAAGUCAGAUGAUGAAUGGAAUAGUGGUGUGGAUAUUUCGAGAAGAAAUGUAUCACAAGUGUUGCAAUCUCAAAUUGGUAUUGAAUAUGGCCCUCAAAGGGGGGUGCGGGGCGAAAAACAUUCCAGUGGUGACCGGCAAUCCUUGACGCUCUCUCCAUCUGAUGCUGAAAUGCAGCCCAAAACAAGACAUUACAAAGAAGAGACUGAUGAACAUAAACAUAGGAGUUCGGAAAAGAAAAGGCACAAAAGGUCUGAUAAACAUAAAAGAGAUUCAGAUAACACUUCCCACUCGGAUUCUGAUAUUGAAGACAAGAAGGAAAUCAAGAGAAGAAGGAAAGAUGAGAGAAGGUUGCGGAAGGAGGAAAAAAGGCGGAGGCGACAAGAGAGGCACCACAAAAGAUUAGAACGGCACUCAGAGAAGCAUAAAACUAAGAUUGCAGAUACUGUAACACCCCCAUCUGAUUUUGAGAAGGAUUGCAACGAUGAUGGAGCUGCGUCUAUUAAGGGCCAUUACUCAUCAGACAAUGCAUUUGAAACGGAGUCCGAAGAGAAGCAACUCGAGAUUGAGCUUCGCAAAAAGGCCCUUGAAUCUCUCAGAGCUAGGAAGGCUGUUAGGCAUUAAAUUCGUAGCCUUAGCACAGUUAGAACUUCCAUCUGCAUCUUGCUUGUGGUAUUGUUUCAUUUGUAUCAGACGAUGCGACGUGGAUUAAGCAAGCCCUGGUCUAAACUUAUAAUCUGGCAACUGAAGUGAAUCGACUAGGAACUUGUUAAAGUGACUUUAAUACCAAUUACUGCCAUGGCAUUCGGGAAUUUCAUAUUUA